AUGUGCGAGGUGCAGCACUCGAAAAUGGAGAGGGGGGAGCAGAGCGAGUACCCAUCAAGUCUGGCACUCAUGGACAGCAGUGACCCACGCGCCUGGCUGGCUCCCAUGCAGUCUGGCACCUGUGCGGCACACGCCGACUACCUGCUGCACUCGCCCAGCUCCAGCUUGGAAGGCGGGUUCCCCACAUCCGGCCACAGCCCAAAUUUUAGAAAGAGUUCCAAUAGUCCGCUCAAAGUGCGGGACUUGUGUCGGCUUAAGGGAUCGGUAAACGCCGAGGAGGGCAGACAGAGAGCUCCAUCCAAUCCCGGUAACGUUGUGCAGAAGGUGAGGCGCCAGGCAGCCAAUGCGCGGGAGAGGAGACGGAUGCAUGGCUUGAACCAUGCCUUUGACGAGCUGCGCAGUGUCAUCCCUGCUUUCGACAAUGACAAAAAGCUUUCCAAAUACGAUACCCUGCAGAUGGCCCAGAUCUACAUCAACGCGCUGGCGGACCUGCUCCAGGGUCCCGGUGUGGACUCGCCAAAGUGUGACCUGUUGUCCGCCACGGAGAGUCCCCGGGGAUCCUCCGCCUCCACCUGCCAAAGGGACGCAGGCAUUGGGCUACCGGUCCAGCUUAACGGGAUCCCAUUCCCAGUCGAAGACGGCUCGUUCUCUACUUUGAUGGAGCAAGAAAUGCGGUCUCCCUCGGGGACACCCAGUUCCAGCUCUGAGAGCAGAAAGGACUCCCUCCAGUCGAACCGCAGUGACGGAGAGUUCUCCCCGCACUCCCAUUUCAGUGACUCGGAUGAGAUGCAGAUGGAGCUCCUGAGCGAAGAUGAGCUCUCUGAACUCAAGCUUUCCAACCUUCACAAAUAUUGAGACUUUCAAAUCGUGUCAAUCAUAUCUGCUGGCAUAUGCCUACAUUUUAUACGAUAAUAGAUUGCUUUCCAAAAUCAUUUUGUUUGGUUUGAGAGUCAUAUUUGAUCAACUGUUAGAUAAAGAUGAUUUUAUGUCAGAUAAUUUGGUUCUGCCAAUUACAUUUACCGUCUCCUCGGGACCAGGGAAAGACCCCUUUGCCAUGUCGACUGUCGCGCGCAGCAUUGCCACGGGCUUUCCCAAUCCCACGUCAUGGACAAAACGUCUUCCAAGAAUUUGCCUGAUAUUAUUUAUGUA